UUAAAUAUAUAUUUUUUCUUAUCCUUUUUUAGAUUUUCAACCAUACCAAUGUGGAAGCAGUUUCCGAGGGAGGAGGGAAGAGAGAGAGGAGAUGUGGGGGCAUUUUGAAAUAAUAAAACUAAAAGCAAAACAGGAACGUGGGUUUCCUGAAGUACUCACUCCACUAUUUUCAACCAAAAACAAGCAUGGGCUUCUGAGAGAGAGUUUGGAGAAAGAGAGACACCAUGAACAACAAACAUGGCUUUCUGAGCGACUGAGAGAGAGAGAGAGAGAGAGGUAGAGAGAGAGAGAGACAUGGCCAUUUCAGCAUUUGUUUCCACUCUUUUCAUCUUCUUCACUCUCCAGGUUCCUUUACUCGUCCAUGGAACUUCAGAGCUCAGAUCUCUCAUGGUGAUAAAGUCCACAUUGGACCCCCACAAUCUCUUCCUCUCUUCCUGGACCAUCAAUGGUGACCCAUGUGAUGGGUCUUUUGAAGGCGUGGCCUGUAAUGAAAGGGGCCAAGUGGCCAACAUUUCACUGCAAGGUAAGGGUCUCACUGGCAAGCUCUCGCCUGCCAUUGCCGGGCUCAAGCACUUGACGGGUCUGUACUUGCAUUAUAACUCAUUGUAUGGAGAGAUACCUGUUGAGAUUGCCAAUCUGACCCAGCUUUCUGAUCUGUAUUUGAAUGUCAAUAAUCUCUCUGGGACCAUUCCUGCCGAGCUUGGGAAAAUGGCUACUUUACAAGUUCUGCAGCUAUGUUAUAACCAGUUAACAGGAAGCAUACCCACACAGCUGGGGUCUUUGAAGAAGCUUAGUGUUCUUGCUCUUCAAUCUAAUCAGCUUACAGGUGCCAUCCCUGCAAGUUUAGGAGAUUUGGGAAUGCUAGUGAGGCUAGAUUUGAGCUUUAACCGCCUCUUUGGUUCAAUUCCCAGAAGACUAGCUGAUGUUGUUUCGCUAGAAGUUCUAGACAUUCGAAACAACACUCUCUCUGGAAAAAUACCUCCUGCUCUGAAGAGAUUAAAUGGAGGGUUUCAAUACAAAAACAAUGUGCGAUUGUGUGGAGAUGGGUUUUCAUAUCUGAAAGCUUGCAAUUCUUUGGAUCUUACUAAUCAGAGCAGACCUGAACCCUAUGGAGCCGGCUCAAAUACUCAGUCAACAAGAGACAUUCCGGAGACUGCAAAUGUGCAGUUGCACUGUGACAAAGCUCAUUGCUCAAAUCCUUCUAAAUCUUCACAUGCUCCAGUGGUUGUUGGAAUGGUAGUGGUAACCAUUGCACUGUCUGCUAUUGGAAUACUUUCCUUUGCCCAAUACCGUCGCAGGAAACAGAAGCUAGGUAGCUCAUUUGAUAUUUCUGAUAGCCGUCUUAGUACGGACCAGGGGAAGGAGGUUUACAGGAAGAAUGGCUCCCCUCUUGUCAGCCUUGAAUACUCCAAUGGAUGGGACCCUUUGGCUGAUGGCCGAAAUUAUGGUGGUUUUCCUCAGGAGGUUUUUCAGAGCUUUAGGUUCAAUUUGGAAGAGGUGGAGUCGGCUACCCAGCACUUCUCAGAGGUUAAUUUGUUGGGCAAGAGCAACUUCUCGGCAAUCUAUAAAGGAAUUCUGAGAGAUGGGUCUCUUGUUGCCAUCAAGAGCAUCAAUAAAACUAGCUGCAAGUCAGAGGAUGCUGAGUUCUUGAAGGGAUUAAAUAUUUUGACAUCAUUGAGACAUGAAAACUUGGUUAGGUUGAGAGGACUUUGCUGUUCAAAAGGUCGGGGUGAGUGUUUUCUCAUUUACGACUUCAUCCCAAAUGGAAAUUUGCUGUCCUAUCUCGACUUGAAGGACGGUGAUAGCAAAGUGCUCGAAUGGUCCACUAGAGUUUCCAUGAUCAGUGGCAUUGCCAAAGGCAUAGAAUACUUGCAUGGGUACAAAUUGAACAAGCCUGCCCUGGUUCACCAAAACAUUUCAGCUGAGAAGGUGCUCAUUGACCAGCGACUCAACCCUCUGCUCUCGGAUUCUGGUCUGCACAAGCUUCUUACCGAUGACAUUGUCUUCUCAGCACUCAAGGCCAGUGCUGCCAUGGGAUACCUAGCCCCUGAGUACACCACUACUGGCCGCUUCACAGAAAAAAGUGAUGUGUAUGCAUUUGGGGUGCUAGUCUUCCAAAUCCUCUCUGGGAAGCGAAAAUUCACCAGCUCAAUCCAUCUAGGUGCUGAGACAUGCAGAUUCCAGGAUUUCAUCGAUGCCAAUCUCCAUGGCAGUUUUUCUGAAUAUGAGGCAGCUAAGCUUGCAAGAAUUGCUUUGAUGUGCACCCAUGAGUCUCCCAUCGAGCGGCCAUCAAUGGAAACAGUUAUCCACGAACUCGGUAACUGCAAUAACUGUUUCUGAUUUCCAUGAUUUCUUCUAUAAUUCCCUGAGAAAUUUUCAUGUGGGCAAUGGUAAAGCUUGGAAUGAGACUUUUAUUAUCACUAACCACCUACUGGUGAUGUAACUGGUAAGGUUUACCGGUAUGUUUUUGUGUCCUCUUGCUGAGGACUAUGGCUUUUUGCUGCAUGUUAUUGAAGUUCAGUUUCUUCUGGUCCAUGGGAUGAAUCUCUUGGGGAUUUCGGCAGUAAUCACUUGUAUGAAUGGGAUGUUUCCUUGUAAAAAUUCCAUUAUCCCCUGUUAACUCUGCUUAAUUUCAAAUGUUUCAGAGCCAGACAUAGGCUGAAUUUAGUAUAUAAUUUACGCUAUUAAGUUUUUGA